AUGUUGCUACCACUUCUGGGAGCCUGUGCUGUGGUAGGUCCCUUCCAGGGCCCGGAAUGGGAGCCAGUGAGGGGCUUCCUGUCCCAGGAUCAAAGCUGCAAGGACCCCCGGUGCUGUGGCAAUCUGCUUGUCUCCUGCCUCUUUCUGAUCUGGCAGAUCCAACAGUAUUGGUACCAGCGCUCCAGGAGCAGGAAGAGGAAUGCCAACAAGAUGCCACCACAGAGACGGAGAGUGCUGUCUGCCACCCAGGACACUUUCUUUGGGAUGAGUCCUGAAUUCUUUACCCAUGGAAAUAACCGGGCCCUGGAUGUUCACAUCCAACAGUGGCUACAGAAGCGGAGAUGGGAGUACCGGAAGAGUGUUAGACAACAGUGGGACCCCCAGUACCUGCUGUCUCCCCAGAAGCCAUGCCAAGACCUGCCUUGGGAUGUCCACACCUCCACAGAGCCCAUUUUUUGUACCUCUUCCUUUUCAAGCACUUGUCUUCUCCCUCAGGAUGAUUCUUGGGAAGCAUGGCAGUUACCCUGGUACCUCAGGGAUAGUCAGGCCCACCCUUCUCUGGCCAUAUGUCAACGAAUGGAGCAGCUGUUGGCUCCUUCACAUAAGUUGGUGCCAGUGGAGCCUGUCAGCCUGAGGUACACCUCCACAGCUUUAGCCUUCUCUCUUCCAAACGUCCCUCCUGCUCAGAGUUCGAACUUCUGCCUCAGAGAGUUUCUGCCUGAUCCUCUUAACCAACAAUUGGAAACACCCAUCAAAGAGUGUUUGGAGAGCCUACAAUUUCCCUUAGUACCAUGUUGUAAAACCGAGACAGUAGGCAGAGAAUACAGCGAGGAGGCCACUCUGCGAUAUCUAAACAAGAGAAAGAGCAGACGGGAGGAGUCCCAGGAAGUGCGAGCAUCUGGAGCCUUCCUCCCAAUAGACUCUGGAGUAGAGGAGGAUGGAGAGGCUAAAGCCCUGGGGUACAGAAACCAGAGGCAGGAAAGAAAGGGAACUGAUAGUGAGAUCUCAGUGCCUGAGUGGGAGGGGCAAGAUCAGGGGAGGGUUACAGACAGAGAACAAAGUGAGAAACUAGAGAGGAAAGACCAGAGGGAGCCUGGGGAUGACAAACCUUCCCAGGAUCAUACGGAAGAGAACCAAGAACAGUUCAGAUGUAAAACUGACAUAGCAACUCAGACACCAGAGUGGGCUGAGCAGGAGGAUGCUGUGGAGACUCCAGCACUGGGGGAGAAGGAGGGAGAAGCCAGAGGGAAGGAAGAAGCAGAGGUCAAGGCCCAAGGAUUGGAAACUCAGGACUGGAUGGGAAGUAUGGCUGCAGAGAAUCUCCAAAUGUUAAAGGGGAGGACGCAAGACCAAAUUGGAGGUCACAGUGGCACAGAAACAGAGGCAGAGGAAGGAAGGGACCAGGACCAGAUCGGAAGCGAGGAUGGUCUGAAAAUCCAGACAUCUGGAAGGGAGAAGCUGGGAGAAUUCAAACAACAGGACAACAAAGAGACCCAGGCACUGGGGUGGGAGAAACAGGGAUGCAUUAGAACUAAGGAUGAGGUCGAGCCUCCAGCUGGGGAGCCUGGAGGGGAGAGCAGCAGUGAGACCCAAGCAUCUAAGGGAGAGGACCAGAAUCCGUCCAGACAGGAAGCUGACCUGGGGAUGAAGACCCUCAGGGAGGUAAGAGAAGAGGACUGGGUGGUGAUCCAGGCACCAUGGUGGGGCAGCGAGAGGCUCGGGCUGAUUGCAUCGGACAGAAGACUCAUGAUACCAUGCUGGGGAGACCAGAGCCAGGUCAGAGGCGACAUCCCAUCACUGGAAGGUGACCGAGGAGAAGGUGGAGUUGCUGAUGCAGCAAAUCAGGUGACACCUGAGGCCGAGGAGCAGGCUCAAUCCAGUGAACCUGACAUGGAGGCUUACACAGUACCGAGCCAGGCUGAGGAAACGACUGGACAGGAAAAUGGAACGGAUGCUCUGGUACAAGGGAAGAGAAACCCGAGAGGGGUUAACGGCCCAGACGAAGCACAGACCCAGAAACCUGGGGAAGAAGAUCAGGGUCAGUUGGAAAAUGAGUCCCAUAAAAUGAUUCUCGGACCAAAAUGGAAGAUUCAGAAAAAGGUUAGAGGCAAUGAUUGUAUAAAUAACCAGACAAUUGAGGCGGAGAACUGGGUGGAGCUAACACGUAAGAAAGGUGAUCCGACUCACCCGUCAGGGUGCGGGGAAGCUGAGGAGGGUGAGGGUGAGGAGGGCACUGAAGGGAUGAAAAUCAUGAGAGGAGGCAGAGGGGAGGAAGGGAUAGAGCUCAAGGCAGCCGUGGAAGCAAGCCGGAGCCGGUCAGCUGAUGUGGGUACAAACACUCCCUCAUCAGAGUUAGAGAACCAGAAGGAGGUGGGGAGCGAGGAUGGAGCAGAGGAAUCUCAGGUCCCAGAGCAGAGAAACCAGCGAGAACCUGGAGAUGAUGAUGGAAAGACCCAGAGACCUGAGAGCAAGAACCGGGGACAGUCGUCUGAAGCUGGAGGGAGCUGCGAACAGGCUGAGGGAGAGAACACUUCAGAAAAUGGGGCAUCGGAGAAGAAAAACUUGAGAGAGAUGCAGGGACCCAGGAGAGAGGAUCAGAGGCGAGGUGAAGGUGAUGGAAAGACCUACCAGUUAGAGCGGAAGAACCAGGAGAAUUUUAGAGAUGGGAAUGAUGCAGAGAUUCAAAAGCAAGGGAAGAGAAACCCAGUAAGUUUCACAGGAGAUGAUGGCUCAGAGACCCAAGCCUCUGUGGGAGAGGACCAGAGACAGUCUGACUGUGAGACCGAUGAAAAGAUUCAGACACAGAAGCAACCAAUCCAGAGCGUGCGCAGUGAUACUGCUACAGAAAUUCAGGAUGUUGGGGUCCAGAGAAAACGCGGAGCUAAGGACCCUAAACUGUCUGAUCCAUCCAGGAGAGCAGACAAGAGCCUGGUCAGCAGGAAGGACAUUGUCAGGCCCAGUCCCCCAAAUGACUCUGCUGGGAGGGAGGGGCCCACAAGCCGGAAGUUCAGCUCGGCUCAGGCGGCUUCUCCCACUUCCGGAUGUGGAACCCCUAGGCACAAGCAACCAAUGGCUGGAAAUGGUGUAGCCUCUUCUCCCUGUUCUGAAAAACAUCUAAGUAGCCAGGGCACAGCCCCUGCCCGGAAGCACAGACGUGACGUCAGUGAAAGAGCCCAGAGGGCCCAACCUGGAUCUCAAAGAAGACAAGAAAGGGACAAAAGGGUGGACCCAGGAAAGGCGUCCAGCCCGACCUUCGAGGGCCCCUACCCACAGUCACAGGCAUCCUCUGUCUUCCCCGCUCUCCUAUGUCCCCAAGUCUCCCAAGCUGCCCCAGCUCUAGCGGGCCUGCCAGUUGCUCUCACCACCCUCCACAAAUGGCCAGCCCUCAAGAAGAGCAAACACCUGCUCCUGGAAUCCCUCAUGAAGAGGAGGAUUGCACACCUGAGGUGGGGCCUCCCUCGACGAAUUCUGGAGUCUUACUUGCUUUUUCACUUCUUAGAAUCCUGCUCAUUGCCGAGGGCCGGGGUGAGGCUGCCUGGAUUACGCACAGACCAGGAACGCCAACGGCAGCAGGAACAACCUUGUGAGUCCCAGGCAUCCCUGUUAGGCCUCGAGCCUCAAGCCAGGUCUCAAAGCCGUCCAGUUCUUGAAAAAAAGUGCUCUAGACUUUGUACCCAAGUCCAUGCUCUGGAGAAGCGUAGACCAACGAAGGCGGAGCCAAUGGGCAGCUCUGUUCCACCUAAGAAACCCAGGAGAAUUCGACCACCAGGGGGAGCAAGAGAGCCACAGAUCCAGGAAGAGGCGCCGAAGGCCAAGAUCCCUGCUCCCCGGAAUCCCAGGCCCCCGGUGGAAUCUAGGAGCUGGCAUAACCCAGGAGCAGUCCCAGAGUCUUCCACUGAGGACAGCAGAAGCAGAAAAAUGGUUAGGUCUGGAGCGGCCUCCCAUGUGGAAGCGAAGACUUCCAGCAGAGCGAGGGCCUCAUCCUGUCCAGAAGGCUACGACCACGGGAAGAAGGAAUGCAAACCAAGGGAAGCCUCUGAGCUCCCCACUGCCAAGUGUCAACAGCCCUCAUGCGGAAGAAGUGAAAGCGUGGGACCCUCAGAGGACAAAAACCGAGCCUGUUCUGCGCAUACCUCCGGCUUCAAAGGGGGAAUCCACUCUGCUGCAGCCAGGCUGAGCAUGACCAUCUGGAACAAGAUGUCAUGGUCGUCGACACAGCUGGCUAAGCCCCAGCACGCAACCCCCUUUCUCAGCCUGAGGAAUCCUACCCCACUUAACAAAGUGGGGGCUCCAUACACGCAGGAGGACAACAGCAGAUCCCCCACUGCUUUGGAGAAGGACCUUGCGCCACCAGGGCAUUCUUGUACAGGAGUCACUGUUCCUGAGGUAGAGCGCUACCAGGAACAAGAGACACCUGGGAGUUCCAAGGGGGCGCCACCAAAUCCAGCCGUCUCACAAAAGUUUGGUUUUAUGAGGCACUUGAGAUAUUUUCUCAGACAGUACAGCCUUAAAAAGUAG